UGAGAUGAUUUAGAAACCGUUUUUUGGAUUUAGUUUCUAACCACUGAACGUGGUUUGGUCGAACGUGGUUUGGCCUCAGCUCGCUUUUUUCCCGGCAGGACUCCAUGGUGGUUCUCCUUGAAGACCUGGCGUCACUCUUCGGGAUGCGAACCCAGGACGCCAUUGCCAGACUGCAAGACCUCCUCGCUGAAGGCUCCCUCACAGGUGUGAUUGACGACCAGGGGAAGUUCAUCUCCAUCAGCCCGGAGGAGCUGAGUGCAGUGGCGCGCUUCAUCCAGCAGAGGGGGCGCGUCUCCAUCGCCGAGCCCGCCCAGGCCAGCAACUCCCUCAUCAACCUCACGCCCGUGCUCCGCAACCAGGCCUGACCGCCGCCACAAGAUGGCCGCCGUGGUCACAAUACGGCUGCCGCCGUGGGUCGCCAAUAUGUGGGUUGCUAAUGGAGACGACUGCUUCGUCACUCUUGUGAUUAAGGGCUAGGAGAUAGCGGCCAUUUUUUUGAGGAAGUGGCCAUCUUGUAUGGCCGCCGCAUCGCUCGCUGACAAGAUGGCCGUCUCCUCACAAAAUGGCCACCUCCUAGCUUCCUCACAAAAUGGCCGCGGUGGCCUCCGCCCCAAGCGAUAGCUAGGCCGAGGGCCGCCGGUCACUGUUGGAACUCAUCCCAUAUCCCAGCUGUCAAUCAUCAGACCACCGGACCUGCCAAGCUGUUUGUACGUUUUAUUUGAUUUGUUGACAACAUUUUCAGAUUGCCAACUGGAGUUCUGCCGUUAAUUGGAUUUGUCAUUUUAAAACAAAUGAUUGAGGUAACAAAUGAAACGGCGUCCGAUGUGUGAAGAUGAUGAAAUCAAUAAACACGAUUGCACAUUAAAUAAAGAGUUCUGUGUAACAAGGUUUCAUUUCUCAGCAGGGUUGGAAGUUUAGUGACUGACAAUCAACAGAUACAGUGGUCUGACUUCCAUGAAGACCCCAACAUGGAUUUGACCCUAACAUUUUACCAUUUUACCUAAAAAACUCCUGAGUUACGUUGCUUUCAGUCCCCUCUAAUCAAUUCUUUUGAUCAUUUUCAUCGAUCCUUCCACAUUUUAAAGUGCCU